AUGGCUCCCCCGGCCGAGAUCUCCAUCCCCUCGACCAUCCUCUCGACCGGCGAAGCGAAGCCCUACACCCUCUACAACAUCACCCUCCGCCUGCCCCUGCGCUCCUUCGUCGUCCAGAAGCGAUAUUCCGACUUCGCCACCCUCCACCAGUCCCUCGCCGAGCAGGUCGGCGCCCCGCCCCCGAAGCCGCUGCCCGGCAAGUCCUGGUUCAAGUCCACCGUCUCCUCCCCGGACCUGACGGAGCAGCGCCGACAGGGCCUCGAGGCCUACCUCCGCGCCAUCGCCGAGUCGCCCGACCGCCGCUGGCGAGACACCUCCGCCUGGCGCUCCUUUCUCAACCUCCCCAGCACCGGCGGCGGCAGCACGAGCAACUCCGCCGCGAGCGCCCACGGCCUGAUCACAAGCGGCCGCGCCGGCGCCGCGGACCCGACGACCUGGCUCGACCUGCACCGCGAGAUGAAGAGCAACCUCCACGAGGCGCGGCUGAGCCUGUCGCGCAGGGACGCCGCGGCGGAGAACAACAACAGCACGGCGGCGGCGGAGGCUGGCGCCGCGGCGAAGAGGGCGCUGGUCAAGGCGGGCACGCUGAUCGGGAACCUUACCGCGGGGCUGCGCACGAUGCAGGAGAAGGGCGCCCUCGGCGACGGCGAGCUGCGCAGGCGGCGCGACCUGCUGGCCUCGGCGCGGGUCGAUAGGGAGGGCCUGGAGCGGCUGAGCAACAGCAUGUCGCAGAACGGCCGGGCCGCCAGGGAAGGGUGGGCCUCGUCGGGGGACAAGGCGGCGCUGCUGGGAGGGGCCAGCAGCAGUGCCAGCGGGGCGCGGACCGGCGGGCGGGUUCUCGGCGCGCCGCUGCCCGAGACGGAGCGCACGCGGGAGCUGGACAACGACGGGGUCGUGCUGCUGCAGCGGCAGAUGAUGAGCGAGCAGGAUGAGCAGGUGAACACGCUCGCGGCGAUUGUGCGGCGGCAGAAGGAGAUGGGGCUGCAGAUCAACGACGAGGUGGAGGCGCAGACCAAGAUGCUCGACCGGGUCAACGAGGACGCCGACCGCGUCGGCGGCAAGAUCAAGGUCGCGAACCGGCGCAUCGGCAAGUUCUGA